CGCAGGGCGUGACGUCAUCGCCAGCGAGACGUAAACAAGGAAGAGAAUCGAAGCUCCGAGCGAUCAGAGAUCCGUCCUGUGCUGAUUAAAAGUCAGUUCAACUAAGUUAAAGUUUUGUUUUUACGCAAAUGACUACGCAAAAAUGCGUCAUGUUGAAAACGUCUCAUAGUCAUAAACACUUUUGACGUUUGAAUGGACCCCAAACACAGUCAGAUUCUUCAGCGGCACAGACAUGAUAUAGUCACGACAUUAAACCCUGCAGACAUCUGUGAUGGGUUUUUGUCAAAGGGGGUCUUCACCCAGGACAUGAUCGAUGAAAUACAGAGCAAGAUAACAAGACGUGACCAAGCCAGGCAACUGGUGAUAAGCUUAGAGACGAGAGGGAGUCAGGCUUUCCUAGCCUUCCUGGAGUGCCUGCGUGAAACCGGCCAACAUGACCUCGCAGAGCUCCUUCAGUGUGGAGAUGGUGCUCGUCCACUGAUCCCUCUGCCAAUCCAGAAUCCAAAACAUACAGAAAAAACAGACAGAUUUGAUUUUACUCCACCACGGUUGGUACCACUGAAACCAAAAGGCCUGCCUGUGCCCAAGCCUCUUAACCCAGCUUAUAAAAACAAAGACCAAAUACAAACCAGACCAAGUAUACAGUGUUAUAAGAUGGAUGCCAGUCCAUGUGGGAUCUGCCUGAUUAUAAACAAUGUAGAUUUUGACCCAUCCUUUGAUCUGAAAGAUCGAAAGGGGUCCAACAUUGACUGCGACAAGAUGGAAAAAAGAUUUAAAGCUCUCAACUUUGAGGUUAUUGUAAAAAGGAACUUGAAAUACAACCACAUAAUACAAGAAAUGGCCUUUUUAGCGCAGAGGGAUCAUUCUGUGUAUGACUGCUGUGUGGUGAUCAUCCUUUCACAUGGUACUGAGGCAAGCCAAAAUAAUUUUCCUGGAGCAGUUUAUGGUGUUGACGGAGCAUCUGUCCCAGUUCAGUUAAUCACAAACUACCUCAACGGCCAAAACUGUCCUUCUCUGCAGGGCAAGCCCAAGCUGUUCUUCAUCCAGGCCUGUGGAGGAGGUGAGAAGGACACAGGGUUUGAGGUUUCUUCAGAUGAGGUGGAGCCCUCUUUGAGUGGGACAGAUGACCAGAUGGACGCUAUUCCCAUAUCCUCCAGCAGUGACUCUCUCAGCACGUAUGAUGAAACUGAUGCUCGGGCCACUUUGCCCACACCCAGCGACAUCCUGGUGUCCUACUCUACCUUUCCAGGCUAUGUCUCCUGGAGGCACACACAGGCCGGAUCCUGGUAUGUGGAGAAUCUUGAUCGUGUGCUUGAGAAGAAUGCUGCCACGGAUGAUCUGGUGACCAUGCUGACGAUGGUAAAUGAUGCGGUCUCCCAAAUAUCUGCCAAAGGCCUGUAUAAACAAACGUCCGCAUUUUUCCACGUCCUCCGAAAACUUCUCUACUUUCAGUCUUCGCAGUCAUGAUCACUUGAAGAUUUUUUUUUGUUUGUUUGUUUGUUUUGCUGCAGUGGAAAAACUACCAUGUACUUGAUAUAAUGUGAUUAUGACAUAUUUGUCGUUUUUUAUGUCAUAAACUGAACCAUGUGAUCAGAACUUUUGACCAUUUUUUUUUACUUCUAUUUUUUAGAAUUCUAAAUAAAAAUAAUGAUAAUAAUAAUUCAUUACAUUUAUAUAGCACUUUUCUAGGUACCCAAAGCGCUUUUACAUUGUGAGGGGGGAUCUCCUCAUCCACCAGCAGUGUGCAGCAUCCGCCUGGAUGAUGCGACAGCAGCCAUAGUGCGCCAGAACGCCACACGAUUAUCUUCACUGUAUGUGUGAUAAUAUAAAAUACGAUAAGCACAA